GUGUUGCUGCUGCCUGCCUGCCUGCCCAGCCUGUACUGUACAUGACAAAAGCAAGAGGAUGGAGUGAGUGAGAUAAAUCCACUCCUCUUAUUUCUCUCAGACACUUUUUUUGUAGGAAGAGGGGGUUUUGGAUCACUGCGCCAUAUUACAAGAACACGGGUCCUAGUUCUUGUUAGUAGUAGAAGGAACCAGCAGCCUAUCUCUUUUUACGCACAGCCUACUCCUGUGAAGGCAGCAGCAGCAGUUCAGAUCAGAUUUCACAUUCAGCUCCGACCAGCUGAGAGAGAGAGAGAGGGAGAGACAGCCAGAGAGAGCAGGAGGGCUCGUAUCUCCGCUUUCUACCACCGAUCCACACUUCAGUUCGCCUGAGAAAGCCUUUGCAAGGAAAAAAAAAUCGGUGCACGGCGCAAACAUUAAAGCACCACUGGGAUUUUUCCCCUCUUUUUUUCCUUUUUAUGUAUUUUUGCAGGAUUUCAGCAGCGAGAGCGCCACACAGAAUUAGAUAGAGAGCAGCAGAGAUGGACGAGCAGCCGAGGUUGAUGCACUCUCACACGGGGGUAGGCAUGGCAGGGCACCCCGGCCUGCCGCAGCACAUGCAGGAAGGCAACGGAGGAACUGACGGCGAUGGGAGAAAACAGGACAUUGGAGACAUUUUACAGCAAAUUAUGACCAUCACGGAUCAAAGUCUGGACGAAGCCCAAGCCAGGAAACACGCACUGAACUGUCACAGAAUGAAGCCAGCUCUGUUUAACGUCUUGUGUGAAAUCAAAGAAAAAACAGUGCUGAGUAUCCGCGGCGCCCAGGAGGAGGAGCCCCCGGAUCCCCAGCUCAUGCGCCUGGACAACAUGCUGCUGGCCGAGGGCGUAUCCGGUCCGGAGAAAGGUGGAGGCUCGGCAGCGGCGGCAGCUGCAGCGGCGGCCUCAGGAGGAGCUGGGGCUGACAACUCAGCAGAACACUCAGACUACAGAGCCAAACUGACCCAGAUCAGACAGAUCUACCACACAGAGCUGGAGAAGUACGAACAGGCAUGCAACGAGUUCACCACCCACGUGAUGAACCUCCUGCGAGAGCAGUCACGCACACGGCCAAUUUCGCCCAAAGAGAUCGAGCGCAUGGUGAACAUCAUCCACCGCAAGUUCAGCUCCAUUCAGAUGCAGCUCAAGCAGAGCACCUGUGAGGCCGUUAUGAUCCUGCGCUCUCGCUUCCUCGAUGCCAGACGGAAAAGACGAAACUUCAACAAGCAGGCAACAGAGAUCCUGAAUGAGUAUUUCUACUCACACCUCAGUAACCCGUAUCCCAGCGAGGAGGCCAAAGAAGAGCUGGCAAAGAAGUGUGCCAUCACAGUUGCCCAGGUUUCCAACUGGUUUGGGAAUAAGAGAAUCAGAUACAAGAAAAACAUUGGUAAGUUCCAAGAAGAAGCCAACAUGUACGCUGCGAGAACUGCCGUGAAUGCGGCUAAUGCAUCCUCACAUGGAAGCCAAGCAAAUUCACCCUCAACUCCAAACUCUGCAGGUUCUGCUGGCUCUUUUAACAUGUCAAACUCCGGGGACUUGUUCAUGAGCGUGCAGUCUCUCAAUGGGGACUCAUACCAGGGGGCUCAGGUGGGAGCCAACGUGCAGUCACAGGUGGAUACCCUUCGCCAUGUUAUCAGUCAGACAGGCGGGUACAGUGAAGGACUCACAGCCAACCAGAUGUACAGUCCGCAGGGCAUCAAUGCAAACGGUGGCUGGCAGGAUGCUCCGACCCCCUCAUCAGUGACUUCACCCACAGAAGGACCCGGAAGCGUUCACUCUGACACCUCCAACUGAUCUUCCACCACCCCCCCCUCACUCCUCCAUUUCCUCUGCUUCCCUGACUUCCUCCACCACUGCAAUCCCCGUCAACAUCUCCAAAAACUUAAACUCAAACCCCAUCAGGAGUGGAUGUGACGUACUGUCUGUAGUCACAGCGGGACACAGUUGGGGUCUGGGAUGACAUUUUCCCCGUAACGGACGACUAUUUCACUUUUCCUAUCUGGACCAUGGCAGCAGCACUGCAAAGGGGACUCAUAUCCACACUUCACAGUUUGUACAGUUUCCACUUGAUGUCCAUGUUGCCUCUUUGUAUUUUCUCUUACAUUAUAUAUUCACACAGUAGGCACAGAGUUAGCAGCAUAAAGCCCCACGUCUUGUAAAUUGAGAUGCUUUCACACUACCUCUAUUCGAAAAAUAACAACAGAGAAAACAUUUCAAAUGCUUUGGUUUUACAAUUUUUUAUAAUUAUUGGGAUUCUACUGUACACCUCACCAUGCCCUGUCAUCACACCUCUGUCUUUGUUACUGUAUUCAAACAUUUUCUUUAUCUAUUGUGCCAAAGUUCAACCCUGGAGGUGAAUUUUGAUAAUAUUGCAUUACUUGUUUUUGUGUCUUGUCCUUUCAUUUUUCAUGCCAUCAUUUUGUGAAGUAAAAUUAUGUUAAUCCAGUCAUUUUAGUCAGGUAACAUUCAAAUACUCAUACUCGAAUUUCUACCACAAACAGUGACAUAUAAGGCUUUUUAUAUUGUAUUGCCAGAUAAGUACGUUUCCUGCUCAUAUGCAGAUCAGUGAUGCAAAGAAUGCAGUUUUUACACAAGCAAUCAUCAAAACGAACGGGAAGAGAGUUGAAGUUCUGUCAUGCAUGUUGGCUGCAUCCACAAUAUUCAAAGACAAAUUGACUUGAAACACUGAAUCCAUGACAUCAUUAGCAGCAUUUACAGCACGUCAAUAAGUAUUAAAGCACAAUAACACCUAAUGAUUCAACUCAAAGGGUAACAUUUGUAAAUGUCAGUGAAACAAUACAGAGGAAAUAUUAAGAUUUAACUAUAGUAGUCAUGUUUGGUAGAAAGAAUUUUCACACUGUGGUCAAUAUAGCCAAAUACUGCUGGUAACCAAAUCCAACACAAAAACUGCAAUGUUUAAUUUCAAGCUACAGUAUUAAGUUGAUGGGUUUAGCACUUCAAUGUGUUUUCAUAACUCACCUUUAUUCAUGGAUUAAUAUUUGGGUCAUAAUCCUUAAAACACAGCAAAUUGAAUUUAUCUUAACAUAAUGAGAUUUUUUCUAAAAACAUCCUUUGUAUUCAAUACAUUUUAUGGAUUUUGGCCCUGAUAUGACUCCAUACACAUUCAGCUGAAAAAACUCAAGGUUAUUUUUUUUUUGUUGUUGCUGAAAUUAGUGGGAAUAAUUUGAUGUUCUUUUUUGUUUUAUUUUAUACUAUCACUUAAAACAUGACAUCCAUCAACACAAACCAAUCCAAAAUGUGAAAUGAAAUUUGUUGUAUGUACAGUAUAGUGUGUGAUCUAACAUGUACCCAUGAUUACAUCACUCCUCAUGAGAUAUCUGCGUCUGCAUUCUUUAAUACCAAAUAAGACAAAAUUUGUAUCCUCUUCAUUGGGAUCAGCUUUACUGACAUGUUUUUUUCCUCUUUGGUAGGAUUUUAUCAACUUCUGUACUAGUGAGCAUCCCUUAAUGUUCCAGUGCUCUGUAUUCUAAUCCCAAAAAUGCAGUUAGAAUACAGGCGUGUUUAUAUAAAUUAAGAUGGAAACAAAUACUCUGAUGGCACACAAAUCCAGAUACUGUUUGGAUAUAUUUUUAUGUCUCCAUAUUGUGAAUAACUCAUGCUGUUUUAGUUUUUAUUUGAUAUUAUGUUGCUUUGCUACUUUGGACAUUGUUUCUUAUUUUAUGCUACCAUUGUAUGUGAAUUAGCCCAAGAAUGCUAUAUAUACAGUAUGUAGAUAUGCACCUUUACUCUUUCUUUUCUUGAUUUGGACAGUAUACAUUUUAGCACAGCAUAAUAGAGUUCCUGUCAGAUUGAAGGUUGAAUCUGUGUAAUCAUUUCGUAAUCACAUCCAAACAAGCCUGCAUCCAAGAUGGCUGCUGUCCUGAAGAAGGUGACAUGAAAAGUUAGUGUUAACACGGCCCUUUGUCUUUGUCUAACAGUCAGUCAGAGAGAACAAAAUUAAGUCCCUGUUCCAAACCAGUCAAGAUACAGCCUGAAAGCUACAGAGGUAUUUUUGAACAGUUGUGAGUGUGUUUGUAUUUAUUACACAUGUAUGAAAUCAUGGAUGUUUUAUAGCUACUUUCUGUAAGACCCCAGCAUAACUACACAAAACAAACCCAUUUGGAUCAUUCAGAACGGCUUCCCCUCGCCCCCCCUGCUCAGUAUUACAGUCGCGGGGCCGAGCGCCAUUGAAGUGAUACACAGAACCUGCCUCAGUCGCGUCUUCUGAAGUCAUUGGAGUGAACUGACAGCACCGGCCAUGCAAGGCAAACACAAGGAUUGUUUCUGCACCCCUUCAAAAAAAGGCUUAACUCUACUUUUCACAUUGCCUGUCAAAUAUUAUCGAAGCUUCAUGUAAUGACGCUUUUUAGUUUUUGAAUAUAAAAGGAAAAGAGACAUGAAAAGAAAAAUGAACAAUUUGUAAAACAUGAAAUGUUUUAUUUGUUGCAUGUCUUUUUGUUCUUCAAUAAAAUAACGUACUGCAGUGUUUUGAAUGUUAACUUCUUUUUUAUAAGGAUUUCAGAGUGAAAUCGUGGAGCCUUUUUCUUGACAGGUUUUAACUUUUAAGAUCUCUGCGUAUGUACAAAGGUAUCAAAUGGAAAACUAUUGUCUUUUUAAUUCCAAUUCAAAACCUGUUUUCUGUGGAGAAAAAAUAGCUGAAAGGUGUAGGUUUUUUGGUCUCUUAAUUUGUACUGGCAAUGCGUAUCCCAAAUAAAUAGUUUCUUUUGUUGAAUAAA